AAACACCCGCUAUGUAUAGGCCUUUACCAAACUGUGAAGAAGCAAAAACUCAAUGAAGCUCAAGCAAAAAGAAACAACUUCACUAGCUCCUCUGCUACCCAAGAUCACACAAACUCCAAAUGAGGGUGCAUCAGUUUCAUCUGCAGUUUUCAACAUAUCAACCUGCAUGAUUGGAGCUGGAAUCAUGUCCAUACCAGCAACUCUGAAAGUGCUUGGGAUCGUUCCAGGGUUCUUGCUGAUUGUGGUGAUGGCCCUUUUGGUGGAUUUGACUGUGGAGUUCUUGCUCAGGUACACACACUCUGGCAACUCAAAUUCUUAUGCUGGUGUCAUGGCUGAGUCCUUUGGGAAGCCUGGCUCAUGGGCUUUGCAGUUCUGUAUCAUUUUGUCCAAUCUCGGGGGUCUCAUCAUUUACUUUAUUGUAAUUGGGGAUGUGCUCACAGGUAGCCAGUCCAGUGAAACAAUACAUUUGGGUAUUCUUCAAGAAUGGUUUGGAAUCCACUGGUGGAACUCUCGGCCAUUUGCUCUUCUUUUCGUUGUGCUUUUCGUUUUGCUUCCUCUGCUCUUGCAGCCACGUAUAGAAUCACUAGGACAUGCUUCAGCAGUGUCCAUUCUUCUGGCAUUGGUUUUUGUUGCUAUCAGUUUGGCUAUGGCUAUUUAUGCUAUAUGGGCAGGAACAACCAUGAAACUGAGACUGUUUCCGGAUAUUUCUAGUACAGAUUCCUUUCUUACACUAUUUACCACCAUCCCGGUCUUAGCCUCAGGCCUCGUCUGCCAUAUUAUUAUUCAUCCAGUCAAGGCAGAGCUGAGUAAAACUUCGGAUAUGAUCUCAGCUGUCCGAAUGUCUCUAUUACUGACUGUUUCCAUUUACUUUGCUGUUGGAUUCAUAGGAUACUUGUUAUUUGGUGACACAAUCAUGUCUGACAUGCUUGUAAACUUUGAUAAAAACUCUGACUCUCCGCUUGGUUUAUUAGUAAACGAUGUAGUUCGUUUAAGCUACUCAAUCCACCUGCUCUUAGUAUUUCCCGUGAUUAACUUCUCGCUAAGGGCUAAUAUUGAUGAACUCCUCUUCCCAAAGAAAAAUCCAUUGGAAUCAGACACCCCAAGAUUUGUGUGCCUUACAUGUGCAAUACUCUCGAUUGCUUACUUGGCCGCAAUAGUCAUUCCCGACAUAUGGUAUUUUUUCCAGUUUGUCGGAUCAACCACGAUUGCUUGCCUUGCAUUUGUAUUCCCAGGUGCCAUUGUUUUGAGAGAUGCCCAUGGUAUAUCGACAAGAAGGGACCGGAUUAUGGCCGUGGUGGUGAUUCUUCUAGCAAUUUUAACAAGUUCAAUUGCCAUUUCCAACAAUUUGUACAGUUGAGUUGAAUAGAAGUUCAUAUUCUGAUUGCAAUGCUCUAUGUUUAUCAAUGAAUAGAAUCAAAGUAUUUAAAUGACUCGAUCAAAUUAUGUAUGUUUGCAAUUUGAACAAGUUCAGCCAUCUGUCAAAUUUUAAAAUUUUGAAUACUCAA